CAGCUUUCAGCAACCAUAUACAUCCAUCUAAUCUCGACCAGCCGUCCUCCCUUGCUGGACCGCCCGCCGGAUCGGAUGAACGGCAAGCUGACCGCCAGCAUAACCGUCACCGUUACAGUUGCAUCACGGUCACCAUCGCCGACCACCCCACGUGUCCUCAAACGCCACAUUCAAGCAAGUCACGCAACCGCGCUUCCAAUCGCCAUUCCAUCAUCCCAAUCUAUCCCUAGACAAAUUCACUAAUACCAUCCUUAUCCUCAAGCCCAUCUCUCGUCUCCAUAAAGCCUCCCACCCUCUUCCUCCUUCUUCCUUGCCGUUCCAACUGCUGGAGCAGGAUUAGCCAGCUCUAGCCAUGUAUAAUCCUGCUACACAGCUUCCGCCGGGCUUCCGGUUUCACCCCACAGACGAGGAGCUCAUCGUCCACUACCUGAGAAAACGGACGGCGCCGGUCUCCAUCAUCGCUGCAAUCGAUAUCUACAAGUUCGAUCCAUGGGACCUUCCCGAGAAGGCGGUGUUCGGCGACCGAGAGUGGUAUUUCUUCAGCCCUAGAGAGCGGAAAUACCCUAACGGUGUUCGGCCGAAUCGGGCGGCGGUUUCUGGGUACUGGAAGGCGACCGGGACAGACAAAUUCAUAAGGUCUGGCGGGGAUAAUGUCGGGGUGAAGAAAGCGUUGGUGUUCUAUAAGGGGAAGCCGCCUAAGGGGCUUAAGACUGAUUGGAUUAUGCAUGAGUAUAGAGUGGCUGAAUCGCUGAACACUACUAACAGCUACAGACCUUUAAGCAUGAGGCUUACAGAUGAUUCCAUGAGGCUGGACGAUUGGGUUCUCUGUCGCAUAUACAAGAAGAGCAAGCACGUUUCGCCUCCAUUGAUUGAUCGAGAACAUGAAGACUCUUCAACAGAUGAUGCCAGCUUUCCCAUACAAAACCUUCCUCUGCGACAACCGCUACAAGAUUUUCCAAAAACUUCAUCCGUAUCAGAAGCUUUGGAAGAUUUCUCGCAGCUCUUUAAUGGCUUCUAUAGCCUACAUGAUCUACAGAGAUUUGAUAAGAAUCCACUUAUUGGCCACCCAAUUUCAAGUCUGCAACAAACAAAUCAUGAUAGCAAUGAUUCCAACGGCCACUUCCUCCCACAGCUGUCGCAAAAAGAACCAUCUGAUUCUAUUAACCUAAAGAACCAGAAGCAUGAUGAGAUGGACAGUAAAGAAGAGAUUAAUGGAACCUUUCAGAACUUCUAUGGACAGUUUGAUAGCUCUGAUUACAGCUUUCCAAACCAGCAAUUCUUGCGCCUGCCGCAGCCUAUAAACUCUCAUUUAGGUUUGCAGUGAGCAAAUUAGAAACAAGACAUUAAAGAGAUGGACAUUUGUGUAAGAGCCAAAAUACGUAUCGAAUAGAUUUUUUUUUUUUUUGUUGGGUGGUUUAGAUAGAUCGGCCAUAUGUAGCUGCAUGACUCAAACUAAGCAAUAAAUUAAUUAGAUAAUUUGAGUUUAUUCAUUA